AUGCCUCAGUUAUCCAGUAGUGUCGUGGUUGCAGCCAUCCAAGCUGCUCCUGUGUCAUUUGAUCUGCCAAAGAGCCUAGGAAAAGUGGCUGAGUUCACCUCGCAGGCUGCAGCCGCAGGUGCUGACCUCGUCGUUUUCCCGGAGGGGUUCCUGUCUGCAUAUCCAUGGCGGUAUGCCUUUGACGCAACAAUCGGCACGCGAGAGCCUCGAGGCCGCAAGUGGUACGCUCGAUACUACGAUUCAGCUGUUGCUAUUCCUUCACCAGAACUGAGUCGACUAUGUGAGAUAGCCAGGGAUAACAACGUACACCUUCAAGUGGGAAUCAUAGAGAAGGAUGGCGGAACUCUCUACUGCACAGCGUUGCUUUUGGGUCGCGAUGGUGCCGUCUUAUCCCGACAUCGCAAGUUGAUCCCAACGGCAGCUGAGCGGUUGGUUUGGGGUAGAGGCGCCGGUGAUGGGUUGGACGUCGUGAACCUUGAUAUUGGCAAAGUCGGAGGGCUUAUCUGCUGGGAGAAUUAUAUGCCUGCUGCACGUCUGGCAUUAUAUCAACAAGGGAUCGAGAUUUACAUUGCACCAAACGCCGAUGAUUUGCCGAGUUGGAUCGCAACAAUGCAACAUACUGCGAAAGAAGGGCGAUGCUUUGUUAUAUCAGUAAAUCAAUUUUGCAAGGUAUCUGAUUUUCCUUCUGACUACCCUCCAUUUACGCCGGAACACCACGACCGCAAGCCCGACGGGUCUCGGUGGGAGGCAGAAGACGUCCUGAGCCAUGGCGGUUCUUGUGUGGUCGGGCCUCUUGGUACCUUUAUUUCGGAACCGGUGUGGGACAAAGAGGAAAUAAUCCUCGCAACGUUGAAAAUGUCUGAUAUUAUAGAGGCUCGGUUGGACUUUGACCCCGUUGGUAGCUACUCGCGGCCGGAUAUCUUCACAUUGACCGUGAGCAAAAAGCCCGGGGUAAAUGUAGCAUUUGAAGAGGUAUAAGGGGCUGUCUAGAUGGAGCACAGAUGGCAUGGGGGCCUUGCAUUUUUGAUUUUUUAUAUAUCAUAAGUGAUUGAAAUCCCAAGCAGUUAAUGGU